CAGUAGUAUAGGGUUGGGUCAUGAAAGAAAGAAAACCCAAAAGAAGAAAACAAAUAGAUAGGCUUUGUAAUUGCAUCAGUAAAUUCGUCAAAGAUCUUUACACCAAAGAUUUUCUCAUCAUCUUUGCUUUUGCUUGCAUCAUCCCAUUUCUUUUCUGUAAAAGAAAAGUACACUGCUUAAACAGGAGUCUCUUUUUUAUUUUCUUUUCUUUUUUUAAACUUUUUUUUUUUUUUUAAGAAAGAAAGAAGGAAAGUGAAUUUCCUAUCUUUCUUUUCAGAUAAUUGAUUUGGGUUUUAGUUGUUAGACUCUGAAAAGAAAGUUAAAGCUUUGUUUACUUAAUUUACUCAUCUUUCUCAAUCAAACAUCAGUAGCUUCUAAGUUGUAAGUCUUAAAAUAGCUAAAAAAGCAAAGGUUUCUUCCUUGUUUUCUUUUUCAUUUUAACUUGUGAAAAAAUAUUGCUGAUCAGAAAACCUGCCAUGAACAGGAGUUUGAACAGAGAGAAUCCAGAUAUUUUGAUUGUGAUGAUUGCAGUAGUGAAGCAGAUAAUGAGAGGUGGUAAGGAGGACAAAGAGAGGGAGGGUGAUGGGCCCUCUAAAGCCUGCAACAGAAAUGAGUGGCACUGCUGCACCAAAGAGCUGUCUGGCUGGAAAACUUUGGGUGCUUUGUUUUUUCUCUCUCGGUGGGUGAUAGCUCCUCCUCAACAAAAUGAAUUCGAGGUUGGUCAUUUUACAUGCUUUCCCUUCUACUUACAGAUGAACACUGCUGCAUAUCUGUUAUGUUUCCGCUGGCGCCUGUUUAGAGAUGGAUGUUACUUGAUGUUUAAAUCAUACAAGAACAACACAACAUCAGGCUCCUUUUAAACUAGUGUGUUUUCUUGUUCCUGAAAAGAGCGAAGCUGAAAAAUUGCUCGCUAAAUAAAGGAAUCAUAAGAAGAUUGUGAAGCUACUAGUGCCUCUUGCUAUGUGAUUUCAUCGGUUGCGUGAUAUGAUGGAGAAUCGCUUGUUUAAUGUUCCCUUAGAUAUGAUUGGCAGGAAUUCAAUGACCGUGGAAGGAAUUGGGUCACAGAUAACCCCGAACUCACUUGUCCAGUUUGAUUCAUUUGACCUCAACAACCAGAACCAGACAUUGGAUGGAUAUACAGUCCUUUCUGCAUUACGAGGAGUACCUAUGCAUGAUCUUCAUUCAGAUAGUCAAGCUGCAAUUGAGGAUUCGGAGGCAUUUGUUACAUCUCUUGGAAGGGAUGUUGCGAGAGACACUGAGUUUCAAGAACAAUUUGUGGGUGGAACACCCAUUUCUGCUCCUGCUCUUGCUACUAUUGUAGCCUCAAGAAGUAGUCUUCAAGAAAAUCCAACCCACUUAGCAAUUUCGGAACCUUCAAUAUAUCCAUUGGAGGUUUUACGAACUUAUGACUUUUCCAAUGAUUUAAAUUCUUCUUUUGCAUCCUCAAUGAAUUAUGGGUGUCAUGAAGUAUAUGGUAACAUGAAUUCUAAGGAUAACAAAUUUCCUACUCCGGUAGAGCUUGGUGGAAAAACCCCUAUAAGAUCAGGGUUUCAACCUUAUUCUUCCAUGGGAAAUUUGGAACCAAACAGCUGGAUAUCAUCAAAUAGUGUGAACUUGAGUGCUGAUAAUGCGUAUGGUUCUUGUAACUUUAGCAAUGAGCUAUCUUUAAGUCUGGCUACAUCCCAACAUUCUGCUAUAAAUGGGACUCAAAUCCCUGAUCAGUGCUCCGAGAUAAGUUGUUCUGGCGUAACACACCAUUGCUUGAAAGAAUCAAGGGUAGGCUCCGAACAAACUUCUUCAAGCAGCAAGGAGCUUUCUCUGAGUUGUGGUUCUUACAGAACUGGUCAAUUCUCACAAGUAAUAUCAGGAUCCAGAUUUCUUCAAGUAAUACAGGAGAUACUUGCGCAAAUUGCAAGCUAUUCACUGGAGAAUCUAGACCAGAUGAUCUAUUCAGCUGGUGGGAUCAAGACGGGAGCAAAUAUAUCAUUCUAUUCAAGUUACCCUAUGGAGGGAGGGAUGCGGCUGAUGGGUUCUCUUGAGUCUCCAAAUGAGGAUAAUCGAUUUAAAGCUCAAGUCGAUCCUGCACUGCAAAAACGGGCACUGGCAGCAAAGAAGACACAAUUGCUGACUCUACUUCAAGUGGUUGAUGACCGAUAUAACCAAUGUUUGGAUGAGAUACAUACAGUUGUCUCUGCAUUCCAUGCUGCAACUGAGUUGGACCCUCAAAUACACACUCGAUUUGCUCUCCAAACAAUCUCCUUCCUGUAUAAAAGCCUUAGGGAGAGGAUCAGCAACCAAAUCCUUGCAAUGGGAGCACAUUUUGAUGGUGGAGGUGCAACAGACACAGAAGGAUCCCUCGAAAGUUGCUAUUUUCAAAAGCAAUGGGCCCUGCAGCAACUGAAGAAAAAAGAUCAUCAACUGUGGAGACCCCAGAGAGGCUUGCCCGAGCGGUCUGUCUCAGUGCUGCGCACAUGGAUGUUUCAGAACUUCCUUCACCCGUACCCUAAAGAUGCGGAGAAGCAUUUGCUCGCUGUAAAAAGUGGAUUGACAAGGAGCCAGGUUUCAAACUGGUUCAUUAAUGCUCGCGUUCGGCUAUGGAAACCAAUGAUCGAGGAAAUGUAUGCCGAGAUGAACAAGAGAAAAGCUCGUCAGAACGAGGAGGGAGCCAGCAAUCAGAGAAACCACAUCAGUAUCAGGAAUCUGAGAUUCAACACGAAUUAAAAGUUGAAGAAAGAUAUGGUAAUGGGACAAAGCAUUACUUGUUUGUUUAAUAGAGGAAAUGGAGAGGACAACCAAAAACAUAUCCAUAAAAGGACUCAAAAGUGUAUAUAUAAAUGCUCCGUUUUUUCCAAAAAGAAAGAAAAGCUGGGGAGUUGGGGGUUAUCAAUUAUUUUUAUUUGUCUUAUUAGACAAAUCAGAAUCCAAGUGAUUUUACGUGCAAUGAGAUUAAUUUUUACGCUCUUUGUUAUUUUCUCUUAUAUGAUCUUUAUUUUUUUACUGUUCAGAUGUGAACUCGCAAUAUUUAUAAACCCAUUGAAGCCAUGUUAAAGAAUUAA